ACAGGAAUAAUUACAGACUACAGAAAAGAGAAAAAGUACGAGAAAAAACCAGUUCUUUCAUGGAAAAGGCUCUGAAUAUGACCUAGAAGUAGAAGAAGAAGAAGAAGAAGAGGAAGAGUGAAAAUGGAGGACGCUGGAUUUGGGAAGAAAUCAGGGCCAGGCUCAGCAACCGGAGGGCUCGUAUCGCAGCAAGCAUUCAAUGACGCUCGGCCGCUUUUCUCUCCGUCUCCUUCUCCUUCUCCGCAAGCGCCGCCUUUUCCGGGCGCUUCUCCUCUCCGAUCUCCCAGGCCCGUUGUCCAGUCUCCCCCUGGUCGGAGCGAUGGACAAGGAUCGCUCUUCAAGAACAAUGGCGGCCAAAAGCCGCUGCCUUCUGGGGUCACAUCGCCUGCUUUCAAGGUUUCUCGAUGGCAAGGCGGUAGAAGACCCAAUUCGCCUUCGUUUCCUUCGCGAGGAGAAGAUUACUCAAGAAAUUCCGGUCAAGGUUUCCCUAGAAGAAACAAUCUUUCUGGCGAGAACUUUCGUCCUCCUCCCGUUGGAACUGGACCAGUACGUCAAUUUGUUCCUCCGAGAGCUCAUUCACCUGAGCUGGGUUCAAGGAACAAUCUUUCUCCUGAGGGUUUUCGUCCUGCUUCUAUUGGAGCUGGGCCUGUACGUCACUUAACUCCUCCAAGAACUCAAUCGCCGGAGUUGGCUUUUAAAAGCAACCAGUUUGUCGAGGCGGCUUUUCGCCCUUCUUUUGCUGGAGCUGCACCUACACGUCACUUAACUCCUCCAAGAACUCAAUCGCCGGAGUUGGCUUUUAAAAGCAACCAGUUUGUCGAGGCGGCUUUUCGCCCUUCUUCUGCUGGAGCUGCACCUAUACGGCCCGCUCCAUCCUCCUAUUCAUUAGAUGGACAGCCCAAGUCACCACGUAAUUAUGUCAGUUUGCAGGCUACACAGGAUCGACCUUCAGUCUCGUCUUAUAUAGGAUCUUAUGAUUCUGAAAGAAGUCAUUUUGAUGUUGUUCAAGUCACAGAUCGUACAAGAUCCUCUACUCCACCAUCUGCGAAUGAAGUUUUCCGUGAAAGUUCUCAUUUUCCUCAAAACAAUGCAAAAAGGCCUUCUUUAUCUCCUUCUGCAUUGGGUACUGAUUCAAAUGUUAACUUUAGUACUCAUGAUUCUCAAGCUUCUCGGAGGUCUUUGCCACAUGCAAACAAUACUCUUUCUGAAGCUGCUGCAACCAAUCCCACCAGCUUCCAGCUUACGAAAAGAUCCAGAUCACCCCCUCUAAAUUCCAGCUAUCAAGUCACUAAGGGAAGCUCCUAUGAUAUUCAGGAUGCUGAUCGAGAAAUGCAAGCCAAGGCAAAGAGAUUGGCCCGCUUCAAGGUUGAACUAGGAGAAAAGGCACAGAGCAGUGUUGAUGCUACGGAUAUAAAGAUUUCGACCAUUCAGCAUGAACUGUCUAUAGUUGGAAGGAACAAAUUAAGUUUAGAACAUUCUACAGAAUUGGCUGAACAUUUUGCUAGUGGCGGUGCUAUAUCUGAGCAUGAAGGCUCAAGGUCAUCUAGUGUUAUUAUCGGUUUAUGUACAGAUAUGUGUCCGGAAUCGGAAAGGAUCUCGCGAGAGAGAAAAGGGGAUCUUGACCAGUUUGAACGCUUGGAUGGGGAUAGAAAUCAAACCAACAAAUAUCUUGCUGUUAAAAAGUAUACUAGAACAGCUGAGAGGGAAGCUAACUUGAUAAGACCAAUGCCUGUUCUGCAGAAAACAAUUGACUAUUUGCUCAAUUUGCUUGAUCAACCUUAUAAUAACAGGUUUCUUGGCAUAUAUAACUUUUUAUGGGAUAGGAUGCGAGCAAUUAGAAUGGAUUUGAGAAUGCAACACAUUUUUGACCAAGGUGCUAUUACUAUGCUGGAGCAAAUGAUAAGACUUCACAUAAUUGCCAUGCAUGAAUUAUGUGAAUACUCAAGGGGAGAAGGCUUCUCUGAGGGUUUUGAUGCGCACCUGAACAUUGAACAGAUGAAUAAAACAUCAGUUGAGUUGUUUCAACUGUAUGAUGAUCACAGAAAGAAAGGGAUAUCCAUUCCCACGGAGAGAGAAUUUCGAGGGUAUUAUGCGCUUCUCAAGCUAGACAAGCAUCCUGGGUACAUAGUUGAACCAGCAGAGCUUUCACUUGAUCUUGCAAAGAUGACUCCAGAGAUAAGACAAACGAAAGAGGUGCUGUUUGCACGUAAUGUGGCAAGAGCCUGUAGAACUGGAAACUUUAUUGCCUUUUUUCGGCUGGCAAGGAAAGCAAGUUAUCUUCAAGCAUGCUUAAUGCAUGCUCACUUUGCUAAGUUACGAACACAAGCACUUGCUUCUCUACAUGCUGGACUUCAGAAUAAUCAAGGUCUACCUGUUAGCCACGUUGCUAAGUGGCUAGCAAUGGAGGAUGAGGACAUGGAAAGCCUUUUGGAGUAUCAUGGUUUCCUGAUAAAGGUCUUUGAAGAGCCAUAUAUGGUGAAGGAAGGACCAUUUCUCAACAGCGAUAAGGACUAUCCCACCAGGUGUUCUAAACUUGUUGAUCUUAAAAAAUCAGGACUGAUAUUUGAGGAUGUUUCGCUUUCUACUCAAGUCAUAUCACCUACUAAAGCACCGGACAAAAUUCAGAUGACCAAGACAACUGAUAAAGAACUAAAGGUUUUCCCGUCUGAUGAAAAGGAAAGAUCUUUCCAGAACACCUCAUCCGUUGAAGUUUUUAGUCCCGUGCAUGCGGUUGAUGAAGAAAUGGCAGAUUAUGAAGUUGUUCCAUCCCCAAAAGAGCCCAAAAAAAUGCAGCCAAUAGCUGAAAUUUCCAUAUUUAGUCAGCAGCGUAAAGAUGAGCAUCAGUUGCCUGGUUUCUAUCCUCUGUCGUGGGAUUCCUCCUUGUCUAAACCCUUGCCUAGCAAAGUUAGUAUUGAGGAAAAGCCAAACUAUGAUAGUUCUUUCAGCAUCUCUCCACAGAUAUACAUGCAUUCUGACAGAAAAGAAAUGUCAUUGCAACUUGUUUCAAAGACAACUCUGCAAGAUAGACUUCCCGAUAUUCCAUAUACUCAUACUGUGGAGAAUCCAGUGCCCCAAGAUAUAGUUGAUGAGUUGGAAGAUGAAGAACCUUCGGAUGUCCUCCAGGAAAUUGAAAAUGAGGAUGUUAUGGCAGACUAUCAACGUGAAGAAAUUGCUGAGGCAAAACUCAAGUUGAUACUAAGGUCAUGGAAGAGACGUGCUUCAAGGAAGAGGGAGUUGCGACAGCAAAGGCAGCUUGCUGCAAAUGCUGCACUGGAUUCAUUACCAUUGGGGCUGCUGUUUCAACCGAAACAAGACCCACCCAGCACAGCUGAGGAGUUUGACAUUGAUCAUGUUCUAAGGGAGAGAUAUUCAAAACAUGAACAAUCUUGGUCAAGAUUGAAUGUUUCAAAAGAAAUAGCUGGUAUAUUAAGCAGAAGAAACCCUGAUGCUAAAUGCCUUUCUUGGAAAAUUAUUGUAUGUUCUCCAAAUCCAGAAGAAGCUGAGAUGGGUGAAUGCAGCCAAACCGCCCAUUCGCAAAUGGGUUCAUGGUUGCUGUCAAAACUCAUAUCUUCUAGCAAAGCUGAUGACGAUUUGGUAAUUUCAUAUCCUGGACUAUCAAUUUGGAAGAAAUGGAUUCCCGGUCAAUCGUUUACAGAUAUGACCUGCUGCUUGUCUGUAGUCAAGGAAGCAAAUUUCAAUAAUCUGACGGAUACUGUGUCUGGUGCAAAUUCUGUUUUGUUCCUUACAAGUGAUAGCAUCCCUUGGAAUUUUCAAAAAGCUCAGCUCCAUAAACUUUUGAAGUCGAUACCUUCUGGUUCUUGCUUGCCUCUUCUAAUCUUAAGCGGCUCAUUCAAGGAUGAGUUUUCAGAUCCUUCCUCCAUUAUAGUGGAUGAAUUAGGUCUCCAUGACAUGGACAAGUCACGAAUAAGUAUUUUUCUGGUUGUUUCCCUAACCAAAAACCAGCAAGUAGAAUCUUUGGAUGGGUUUUUUAGCGACAGCCGGUUAAGGGAGGGACUACAGUGGCUGGCUAGUGAAUCACCUCCGCAACUUGUUCUUCAUUGUGUUAAUACGCGGGAACUUGUUCUUACUCACUUGAAUCCUUCCUUGGAGGCACUUGACAGGAUGAAAGACAAUGAAGUAGAUCCUAAUGAUUGUGUCCGAGCAUUCAACGAAGCCUUGGAUCAGUCACUUGUGGAUGUUGAUACUGCCGCCAAAGCAAAUCAUAUAAGUUGGCCUUGCCCUGAGAUUACUUUGCUGGAGGCGUUCACUUAUGAGCAUAGAUUUGUGGAGGGGUGCAUGCCGGAAAAUGGUUGGAGUUCAGUUGAGAAAAUUGAACCAUUGAUGUCUGCACUACAGGAUUGUAAACUUCCUCUUUUCCCCGAUGACUUAUCUUACUUGGCCAAAGGUUCAGACGUAGGCGGAGCAAUUGAGAUCCAACGAGUAGAAUUUAGAGAGAGCUUGAUCAGGUACCUGACAGAAUCCAAUAUAUUGAUGGGAGAUGCGCUUGCUAUAAAAGAGGCUUCCAUAAUGCUGCAAAGGUCUCGACUUGAGCUGCGCAGUUCGUGCUUUCAUAUUGUUCCGAAUUGGGUUAUGAUCUUCAAGCGGAUUUUCAAUUGGCGAUUGAUGGGCAUAGCCAGUGGGCCGUUAUCUUCAGCUUAUGUUUUGGAGCGUCCCGAUGUCACUCGAGCUUUCGGUGAUCUGGAUGUGUUGGGAGUUGAAGGCAGUGGACUGUCGCCUUAUCAUUUAAACCAGCCAUCUCUAGAUGAAAUGAUCGAAGUUAGUUACGCCCUUCCUUUCUACAGGAGCAAUUAUCAGCCACUGCCAGAAGCUAAUCAAGUUGUUCCCGAAUUGGCCUCUAAUGAUGAAGCUCAAGAGGCCGUUACAGCAAGUGAUUUCAUCGAGAAUGAUUCCGUGAUUGAUUGGGAUCGUGGAACCAUUAUUGCGGAUAAUGUUGUUAGAGAAGUUACUGUGGCUCGCAAGGUCGAUGAUGAAACUGAUAAGUUGAGCAAGUUAUUAGAGAAAUGUAACAUGUUGCAAAACAUGAUAGACGAUAAACUGUCUGUAUACUUCUAGUCUGCUAUCGCGGAUGUAAAAUUUUGUACUUUUGUCUUCAACUGAAAAAAAAAAAAAAAAAUCCCAACUGCUGUCCAAAUUUUGAUAGCUGAAAAAAAAA